CGCGUUCGUACCAUUCUAUGGGAUGAUCUCAACGGAAUGGGGGGAGGCAAAAGAGCUGUUUCGUGAUUACAUGGCGCGAGACGUUUGGUACAACAAGAAUGGAGAGGCGAUAAGCGUUGUUUUCACUACCAACAACCACCACAGCAUGGAAGAGGUUUCUGCAUCCGUGUGGGCCGACGGGAGGUUCGAUAUUAAGGGAGACAGCCAUGCGACGCGACUUCUCUCCCGAUGGAAGUCGCAGGAGUUCAGUUUCAUAGACCUCUCGACGAAGCUGCCAAUGCCAGCAAACGGUAAAGGCGGCGGCCCUCGCUCCAGUUCUUUUCGUGAAGAGAUGACAAAUGCGUUCCGAUUGCGAGUGCCGGAAGUUCGCCGAAUGAUCACUGAGGAUUUCUUCCGGAAGUAUACUGCGUCCGAGCAGGUGGAGCAGGGUCGCGAUGCUGUUGUUUUCAAAGUUGCAGAGGCAGUCGAAGCCAUCGAUACAUGGAAAAAACGAGGGGGAAAAUGUUGUACAGCCGAACGAGCUGCAGCUGAAGCUCACUUUCGACCCGUGUUAGACGCUCUAGCCUCCGGAACCAAACGCGUGUUGAUUGAGUGGAAUCUCGAUCUUGCUACGAUGAAUGCUUUUGGUCGUUGGGAAUCGUCUAGCCUGCCGCAUGUUAUUCUACAACAAUGGGAAGACUGGCUUCUGCGGGAACAUGCUGCGUACAGUUCAUCCGCUGCGGAUUAUGUGGCGAAGCCCUGUCCAAUUGUAUUCCGAGUCGAAGAGGAAAGUACUCCUGUCGAAGACGUUCGUAAGUUCUUCUUCGACGAUCUUGCCAGACAGCCUGAUAAAGGUAUCCAGAGCAGAGUGCAGGCUUUUCGGUCCAUCUUCGAGGCCUCUGACACCAGCGUUGCAAAACAUGGGCCAUCCAAAGAUCAAACAUUGCGAACCGCGUCUACGCAGGACGCGAUGACGAAGACCGAUAGAGAGCAGGCCGCCGCCAAUACAGAGCAACUCGUGGCGAAAGUCGAAUGGUCUCCCGGUCAAAUUAGUACUGCCAAGGAGAUCAGACUCAUGUGGGAUUAUCUUUACAAUUCAGCGGACGGCCUGGGAUUGAACAAAAAAGGAAGAACAGGUGCUGGUGCCUCGCCAGAGCAAGAUAUGCAUAUGGCACUGGCUCGAACUAUUGUAAUCAGCGGCCCGCCUGGUGUGGGAAAAACGCUCGCAGCGCUUGCAACCUUGACGGAACUGGCCAAAGACUCCUGAACGCGCCAGGCGUAUAACCAAAGGAGGCUAAGCUCAAAAGAUUGUGUGCGCGAACUUUGAUCGAGGCCUCGUCAGCUCCGCCUGCAAUAGGGAGACGGAGCUGCAGCACUGAGUUUGAAUUUGAAGUACUGGCAUCAACAUGAGGGGCAUAUGCAUAAGCAAGCAAGAAUCUUCUUAACUGAAUAAAGAAGCCCAACAAGGUACUUGAGCUUGCCCUUGAGAAAGUGUGAUGGACGAUUUUGGCCACCGUCGUCAGUGAAAAGAAGGCGAAAGAAUUGCAAAGCGACAAGCUUGGCAAAGAACCGGUGGCGCCAAAGCCGUCCGGCUCUUUGACUCGAAAACACAGCGAAAGUAGGCGAGUAGCUAACUGAAGUAAAAGAAUCGCCUACGUCUGCCGCUGCUAGGCUGUAGUCUUUCUCCAUGUUGUACUUGCACAUAUGCAC